UUUUAUAUUCAGAUAUCGAAGUUCAGACUCCAGACUUGAGAGUCAAACCAUAUUCAGUAAACCAAUUAUAGAAAGUUGUCCACCUUUUCUCGUGAUUCUUUUUCCGUGAUGUACUACUACUGCAGUUGAGUUCCAUAACCUUCUUCUAACUUUUCAGCAAUGGCUACCAUUUCAGUUCCUCUCCUCACCUUUCGAUCACCUCAAACCAACCGGCCAUUCCCUUCAUUCUUUAAUCUCAACCGUCCCCUUUCAACUUCACUCUCCUCCAAUGGCAGCUUCAACCAUUUAACAGUCUUAAACAGCAGUACUUCUUCUAACCAAGCCAUCACUGAAACAACAACCUCUGAUUACUCUACCAUCAAUGUCCAAAACGACGACGCUUUAGACACCACCCUUUUCGUUAUUCGGGCCAAGAACCGAAUUGGCCUUCUCCAAAUCAUCACCCGGGUAUUCAAAGUUCUCGGGCUCACAAUUCAAAAGGCCAUUGUUGAAUUCGAAGGCGAGUUUUUCGUUAAGAAGUUUUUCGUCAGUGAUUCUAACGGCAAGAAGAUUGAGAAAGCGGAACAUUUGGAGAAGAUUCAGACGGCAUUGAUGGAAGCCAUUGAUACUGGCGGAGUAACACCUUCUGUGGCGGUGGUUAGUGGGAGAGGAGUGGUUGUGAGGAAAGCUGGGUUGAAAUUAGGAGAGAGGAAGGCGAAAGCAGAGAAAAUGUUUGGGUUAAUGGAUGGGUUCUUGAAGAAUGAUGCAGUUAGUUUACAAAAAGAUAUUCUUGAUCAUGUUGAAUAUACUGUUGCUCGAUCAAGAUUCAAUUUUGAUGAUUUUGAAGCUUACCAGGCAUUAGCGCAUAGUGUCAGGGAUCGGCUUAUUGAACGAUGGCAUGAUACUCACCAGUAUUUUAAGAAGAAAGACCCCAAGCGACUAUACUUCCUUUCGCUUGAGUUUCUUAUGGGUCGUUCUCUAACUAACAGUGUCACAAACCUUGGCAUCCAGGACCAAUAUGCCGAUGCUUUAAGUCAGCUUGGGUUUGACUAUGAAGUCUUGGCAGAGCAGGAAGGAGAUGCUGCCCUUGGUAAUGGUGGCCUAGCUCGCCUUGCAGCUUGCCAAAUGGAUUCCCUAGCGACAUUGGACUACCCAGCUUGGGGUUAUGGACUACGCUAUCAAUAUGGAUUAUUUCGUCAGAUCAUAGUGGAUGGUUUUCAACAUGAACAACCUGAUUUUUGGUUGAACUUUGGGAACCCCUGGGAGAUUGAACGUGUUCAUGUGUCUUAUCCAGUCAAGUUCUAUGGGACUGUUGAAGAGGAAGUUUUAAAUGGAAAGACAUUUAGAGUUUGGAUACCUGCAGAAUCAGUCGAAGCAGUGGCUUAUGAUAAUCCAAUACCUGGUUAUGGAACGCGAAAUGCCAUCAACCUACGACUUUGGGCUGCUAAACCAAGUGAUCAAUAUGAUAUGGAGUCUUACACCACUGGAGACUAUAUUAAUGCUAUUGUUAACAGACAGAAGGCUGAAACCAUAAGUAAUGUGCUGUAUCCUGAUGACCGUUCUUACCAGGGUAAGGAACUGCGGUUGAAGCAACAGUAUUUCUUUGUUUCAGCAUCACUACAAGACAUAAUAAGGAGGUUUAAGGAUUUACAUAAUAACUUUGAUGAGUUUCCAGAGAAGGUUGCUCUUCAGAUAAAUGAUACACAUCCGUCAAUUGCCAUUGCUGAGGUAAUGAGAGUGCUUGUUGAUGAAGAACACUUGGAUUGGAGCAAAGCAUGGGGUAUUGCUUGCAAGAUUUUCUCAGUCACCAUUCACGCGGUACAACCUGAAGCACUUGAGAAAGUUCCCAUAGAUCUCCUGGGUAGUGUUCUUCCUCGGCAUUUAGAGAUUAUAUAUGAGAUAAACUAUUGUCUCAUGGAGGAGUUAAAAAAGAUAUUUGGUCAGGACUAUGAUAAACUUUCCCGAAUGUCAAUUAUUGAGGAAGGUGCUGUGAAGUGUAUUAGGAUGGCAAACCUGUCACUUGCAUGUUGCCACACUGUGAAUGGCGUUUCCAGACUGCAUCUUGAGACGCUUAAAACAAGAGUGUUCAAGGACUUUUAUGAGCUGUGGCCUCAGAAAUUUCAGUUCAAGACUAAUGGAGUAACUCAGCGCCGUUGGAUAGUGGUGAGCAAUCCUAGCUUGUGUUCAAUUAUUUCAAAAUGGCUUGGGACAGAAGCAUGGAUCCGUAAUGUGGACCUCAUAGCAGGUUUACGAGAAUAUGCAGAAGAUCCAGAUCUACACGCCGAAUGGAAGAAUAUGAAGAAGGUUAACAAAAUGAGGCUGGCUGAGUACAUUGAAACACUUACAAGCGUGAAGGUCAGCUUGGAUGCAAUGUUUGACGUGCAGAUAAAACGAAUACACGAAUACAAAAGACAACUGCUCAACAUAUUAGGCAUCAUCCACAGAUAUGAUUGCAUUAAGAAUAUGGAUGAGAGUGACAAGCGGAGAGUUGUACCUCGUGUAUGUAUAAUUGGUGGGAAAGCUGCCCCUGGCUAUGAAGUUGCAAAGAAGAUCAUCAAACUUUGUCAUGCGGUGGCUGAUAAAGUUAACAUUGAUCCUGAUGUUGGGGAUCUCCUGAAAGUGGUUUUCAUCCCUGAUUAUAAUGUCUCUGUUGCCGAGCUAGUAAUUCCGGGAACUGAUCUUUCACAGCACCUAAGUACUGCUGGACAUGAAGCAUCUGGAACUGGAUGUAUGAAAUUUUUGAUGAACGGUUCUUUGUUAUUAGCUACUGCAGAUGGCUCAGCUGUUGAAAUUGCUGAAGAAAUAGGGGCAACAAACAUGUUUCUUUUUGGUGCAAAGGUGGAUGAAGUCCCAGCGUUGCGAGAAAAAGGAACCAGCCUUAAAGGUUCACUUCAAUUUGCACGAGUUGUAAGGAUGGUCCGGGAUGGUCACUUUGGGUUCAAAGACUACUUCAAGUCGCUAUGUGAGACUGUAGAGGAGGGUAAAGACUUUUAUCUCCUGGGAUAUGAUUUUGCUAGUUAUUUAGAGGCUCAGGCGACCGCUGAUAGAGCAUUUGUUGAUCAAGAAAAGUGGACCCAAAUGAGCAUACUUUCUACAGCCGGUUCUGGGAAAUUCAGCAGCGAUAGAACAAUAGAAGAAUAUGCAGAACAGAGUUGGGGCAUCGAACCCUGCAAAUGCCCCUUUUGAUUUGCAAAACUAUGCUUCCUGUAGGAACAAACAUGGUUUGUAACCAUGUAUCCUAAUUUGACGAUACAGAAAGCAGCUCUUAUAGUUGCAGAUAAAAUGAAUGAAACAUGCAACAUGGUUAUUUUGACUGAGGGGGUUAGUCGAAUCAACUAUGGUAUGCAAGUAGUGAACAUGGGAUGUACAACUUACAAGUCUUCCUUUUAUUUCCUUGAACUAGAAUAUGUAAGAGAUUCUCAAUCUUUUCAAUACAAGUUACUUACCAGUAUUUGAUAUUUUGAUUGUU